AGCCUUUAUUUUGAUCUAAUUUCCUUUUUUGCCGUGAUCUAUUAUAUUGGGUAAGUUUACCGUUUUUUAUUACCGUUUUAUAUUUAAUUAUCAUUUAUUGAGCCACGCGUUUCCCAAGUGACGUCAGACCAUGUGUUGUCACUUCUUAUCCAUCAUCCCACGUCUUGCAUCUCACGCGCGUCAGGGGUAUCACGUUUUUUGAUAUUCAUGAUAAUUGCUCCCUAUUUUGUAGACUUGUAAGUAUACUGUCUAGUUAGAGGGAGGGAGCGGUUUAUAGGGUUUUUUAGUGGGUUUCUUUUUUUCAAGUUGAGAAAUUUCUAGUGUGGGUAUUUUUUAGAGAGAGUUUUGAAAUUCAAAAUUUCUCUCUAUUUAGUGUGGCAGUUUCAUAGAGGGUUAUUCAUUUGAAACUUUCUCAAAAAAAUCUGAUUGUAAAUGGUUAAUACUCGUUCUUCCCUUUCUCCAUCUGGUUCAUCGAAGCUUCUUCUUGACAAGUUAAAAAUGAAGAAAACGAUUUCUGAAGAUGACAAUGAAGAUCUUUCUGGUGGUUCUGAGGGCUCUGGUGAUGUUUCUGUUAAGGAAGUGAAGAGGAAGCAAUAUAAUCGUGGAAACAAGAAGGUUACUGACGAUCGACCUUUGAAAAAAUUGAAACAAGUUGUUGAAUAUGAUGAGGACUUCUACGACAGUGAUGAUCUAGAAGUUGAGAACAAUGAAUCGAUGAAGGAGUGGGAGUUAUAUUUCAAGCAUGAGGAUAGGGUUGGUGGAAGAAUAAUUUUUUUUCCUAACCAUGAAAACAAUGUUAUUGCCAUUAUCAAUAGUAAAUUGACUCCUUCUCAAGCAAAUUUGGCCGAGUUCUUCAUUGUAUUUGGUUUAUUAUGUGUUGGUGAUUCUGAUAUGAGUGGUUAUGCAAAGAAGGAGAAUGCAUUUGUGGAUAAGUAUUUUAGUGAUCAACAAGUAACGAUCGAUCUUUGUGGAGGAGAGGUUUAG